UUUUUUUCCCCCUAAGAGCCGGUAGAGGGCUUGGUGUGGUCACGUGACCGGAAAUAAAGAUGUCUGCUACAGAAGAAGACACUGAGCUCAGAGACCUUUUGAUUCAAAAUUUGGAAAACAAUGGCGUUCUUAACAAGAUUAAGGCUGAGCUUCGAGCUGCUGUAUUUCUGGCUUUAGAGGAACAGGACAAAGUUGAGAAUAAAACUCCACUUGUAAACGAGAAUCUGAAAAAGUUUCUCAGCACUAAAGAUGGACGCCUUGUGACCAGUUUAAUCACAGACUUUCUGCAAGUGUUCAAUCUGGACUUCACCCUUGCGGUUUUUCAGCCAGAAAUUAACACGGUCAGUGGACUGGACAGUCGUGAAAGUUUGUCCAGGGAGUUUGGCUUCUCUGAAUCUGAGGGGAAUAAGAGUACACCUCUGCUCCUGGAGUUAAUUAAGAGAGGCAGAAACAAGGAGAAAUUCUCCAUUUACUCAGAGGCAGAUCGGGACAGAACACGUAUUCCCAAGGAACUGUCUCUUCGUCAGAUUGCUGAAGCACAAAAAAAAUAUGACUGCAAAUGCAAGGAUAGGAGUGAUGGUUUGAGCAAAGACGAAGUCGUUGCCGUUUUCAUAGAGCUUUUCCCCAGUUUUAGCCGAGGCAUGCUGGAACGAUUUGUGGCUGAUGAACUUGGAGCAAAAGAUACUUCUGUAGACUUUCAGGAGUUCUUGGGGUUAAUCAAACAGCUUUACUGCCAGUGCAGAAGUCUGGUUGCCAGUGAUGGGAGUGCUGGAGUUCACUCUGUGAGUAAAGUUACAGAGGAGAAGAUCACUUCAUCACCUACCAGCAAGGCUGGAGAACCACCAAGUCACAGUGAGUCACUGAUCUUUCAGAAGAGCAGAGCUUUUGUGGCCAGUGAAGGGUUUAUAACCAGCAGGAACGAGCCCUCGGCCCUGAGGAGACCUCUAGACUUGGGCCUGGAGGACGAUGAUGAGGAAGGGGACUCAUUCUUUGAUGAUCCUCUUCCAAAACCUCAGAAGACCUAUGGCUGUAGUUUACCCUCCACUGAUAAGCCAUACUCAGGGCAGAGACUUUCUGAAAAGAGCUUUAGUCAGAAAGAGAUCCAGCACUCGCAGAGGGAGGAGAGCCUGGCAGGGCCGUCCUUCUCCAAAAUGAGGAGGGGUACUAGCCUCAAUGAUUUGUCUGCUAUUGGCAGUGACACUGAGGGUGAUGGAGAGGACAUGUUCUCAGAUGCUGAGAACAAGCCCAGCACUAACUCUGAGCCCAGGAGAUCAGGAUCUGCAAAGCCAGUUGGUUUAACUCCUUCACCCCUGUCAGAUACCCCACUGUUAAAGAGGGCAGAACACAACCAAAAAGACACUGUCUCCAGUAAAGAUGGUACGAAAACAGGCCUUCAGGGUUUAAAAACUCUAAAUAAGAAAGCUGGAUCCCCUCUGCCCGCAGACGAAGAGCUUGAUUACGAUGAUGACUUCAACAGUCACAACUCAAAGACUGAGCUGAGCAUCAGUGAGGAGAUCGAAGAGGCCUCCGUCGAGGGACCAGAUCUCAGUGACAGGCUUGAAGAGAUCACUCAGGAUGUGAGCGUGUCUCAGACGAGUCAGGCUGCAGAUUACAUGGAAGACGUGGCGUGACAAGCAGAAAACAGCUCAUCCUCUUUUUUGUGUAUUUAUGUAAUUGUGUAAACUACAUGUCAGCAGUUCCUAUUAAAACUCUAUUGUUCACGGUUGA